AUGGAGAAAGUAUUAGGACUCGCCGUGGUGUCCAGUAUUUUAUGUGUCGGCUCGGUUUUGGGGAAAUACGUCAGCGGUAUCGUCAACACAAAAGAGAUUUACACAACAUCGGGAGGAGAGCGCAGAAACGGUGGACAGGUGAAGAUGGAGAAAGUAUUAGGACUCGCCGUGGUGUCCAGUAUUUUAUGUGUCGGCUCGGUUUUGGGGAAAUACGUCAGCGGUAUCGUCAACACAAAAGAGUCCCGAUGCUGUCAGAACAUCUUGCUCUACUUUGAUGAAAGCUCUCAGUGGCCAGCUGUGUACAAGAGGCCGGACAAGGACUGCUACCAGAAAGAGUCAGUAUUGAGGCCUGAAAAUAACCAAGUCAUCAACCUGACCACCCGCUACACCUGGUCUGGCUGUAUGGUGGAAGGCGAAGGUAAUGAAGAGAUGCUGAGUUGUGUAGGAGGUCGAAGUUUUCGUUCUGUCAGAGAGAGAUGGUGGUACAUUGCGCUCAGCAAGUGUGGGGGAGAUGGGCUGCAGCUGGAAUAUGAAAUGACAUUAACCAAUGGACAGUCCUUCUGGACCCAGCAUUUCUCUGCAGAUGAAUUUGGCAUCCUGGAGACAGACAUCACGUUCUUGGUUAUAUUCGCCACUGUGUUUACACUGUCUUGUUAUUUUGCUUGUAAUUUAAAGGGAAGACAGCUGCUCCAUACGACCUAUAAGAUGUUUAUGACUGCGGCUGGAGUGGAGGUCUUAAGCCUGCUUUUCUUUUGCAUUUACUGGGGCCUUUAUGCCCGAGAUGGUUUUGGGAAUGGCAGCCUCAAGAUAUUAGGGAAAUUACUCUUUUCUGUGAGCUUCCUGAUUUUCUUGCUCAUGCUGAUUCUCCUGGGCAAGGGAUUCACAGUCACCAGGGCAAGAAUAAGUCACAGUGGCUCUGUGAAACUAUCCAUUUAUAUGACAGUAUACACCAUCACGUACAUCAUCCUCUUCAUAUAUGAAGCAGAGUUCUUUGAUCCAGGCGAGGUGCUGUAUGCUUAUGACAGCCCUGCAGGGUACGGUCUAAUGGGUCUGCAGCUGCUUGCCUACGUAUGGUUCUGCUACGCUGUGCUGGUGUCCCUCAAACACUACCCUGAAAAACAACCUUUCUACAUCCCCUUCUUCACUGCGUACACUCUGUGGUUUUUUGCUGUGCCAGUCAUGGCUCUGAUUGCCAACUUUGGCAUCUCUCGCUGGGCCAGGGAAAAGAUUGUGAACGGCAUCCAACUCGGCAUCCAUCUCUAUGCUCAUAUCGUCUUCCUGGCCAUCACACGUCCGUCAGCAGCCAAUAAGAACUUUCCUUACCACGUGCGCACGUCACAGAUAGGAAUCCUUCUCUCCAGUCCUAAAGGCAUGGGGGCAGAAAGCUUCCCUCAUCAUGCCUAUGGGAAUAGCUCCUUCCUGGGAGACUCUCAGCCAAACUUCACAGAGCUCUUCUCCAUCCACUCAGACCCUGUGAAGACGAUAGACGAGACAGUGGCUCGGAAGGGACAGGAAGUGCCAAGGAACAGCAAACACAAGAUCAUCACCACAACAGCGGAUCUGUCGUCUACAUUCUCCCCUCUUCCUCCUCCCAUACCACCACGCAGCUCCGCACACUCUCCCCCUCCUCCUAGAUUAACGUCCCACUUCACCGAGUAUUUUAGUAUGCAAGGGGCCGCGGGGAUGGGCUCCAAUGCUUAGAGUGGGCCAUAGAGGAACAGGCCAUGCGGAAACUACUUUCAAACAUCUAUGAGGUGGAAAAGAGUUCAAUAUUUCAAUAGAUUAGGUUAAGGCAAGCGUGAAAAAGCAAAGCCACUUUCAAAAAAGUUACCAAACAUCCAUAUCUUUGAAUUUGUAAAGAGAAACGCAAGCCGUAGAACGUCAAGAGAGAGUGGGGCAUAACCUGCUCACACAGCCCCUAAAAAAUAAGAAGCAAUAAAUAUUUCAGUGAGAUGACAGAGAGUCACUGGAGAGAGAUAAUAUACAGGCAGUGCAAUAGUGACAGGAGACAAUGGUCAAUCUAGAGUAUAGAUAUUUCAGGCUUAAUGUGACAGUAGGAUAGCAGUGUGUACAGUAACAGUACAGUGAGCUCUUGACAGUUUUUAUGCUUCAUUAGUUUCAAGUGGUGCCGCUAAUAUUUGUAUUUCCAUGCCAUUUGGAUGCAACAGAACCAAGUAUUCAUUUCCCUUGCUAAAUUUUUUAACGUUUUGAGAAUUUAUGUACACAUUUUGUCUGUAAAGUUGAGAUAAUUUAGCGUUUAUAUAUUUUUAUUCACAUUGAAUAAAAGCGAAUACAGCUAGAGACUUUGCAAACUGAUAUUAAACUGCAAUGGCAAGUUAACUGUGGAACAACUAGGCAGUAUUUGUAAACCAUGCAUGUUUGUGCUUUGUCUACAUUCUGAUAUAUUCAAUGUAAUUUUGGGUGUGCCUAGUUUUCACAACUAGUGGUCUUAAUUUUGUAUGCAGUACACACUUAUUUUUAUUUUUAGAAUAUUUAUCGCAAGCAGAUGAUGAAUGGUGACUAAUUCAUCUCAGUCUUUCUAUAUUGUCAGUUCUGUGCAGGGGUGUGUAGAGUUCAAAAACUAUUUGAACAGUUCUGAGUUCAGAUUCAAUUUCUGCAAACUUCGUUACGCAUUUGUACAUUUAAUAACCCUCACAGCGGUCUUCGGCGGAUAUGGAGAUCAUUUAUUCUGUCAGUGAGUAGAAAGUAAAUUAAUUCAGUCCGCUGGGGUUAUCUUAAGGUUUGUUUGUGUCUAAUGAAAAUAUAGCUCUACUCCUACAGAAACACUUUGUAUUGACAGCAU